AAUUCAUUAUUGCUUUUUUUUUUUUUUGUGACAGAAAAUUCUCAGUUACGCUUCGUCCAUACUUAUUUUUCUUGGGUAGUAGAAAUGGCGGGUCGGGGAAAACAACUUGGAUCUGGUGCGGCGAAGAAGUCUACUUCUCGUAGUAGCAAGGCUGGGCUUCAAUUCCCUGUGGGUCGUAUCGCUCGAUUUUUGAAAGCCGGUAAGUACGCCGAGCGUGUUGGUGCCGGAGCUCCGGUCUAUCUCGCCGCCGUUCUUGAAUACCUCGCCGCUGAGGUUCUUGAGCUCGCUGGGAACGCAGCAAGAGAUAACAAGAAGACCCGUAUUGUUCCUCGACACAUUCAACUUGCUGUGAGGAACGAUGAGGAACUAAGCAAGCUACUUGGAGAUGUGACUAUUGCUAAUGGAGGAGUGAUGCCUAACAUCCAUAAUCUCCUUCUCCCCAAGAAGUCUGGUCCCUCUAAGCCUACUGAGGAAGAUUAGGGAAAGCUGGAAAAUGGUUGAUAUCAGAUAAUGCUUAGGACUGUUUUUGUUUUUUUUUUUUUUAUUUGCUUUUCCUCUGCAGUAAUGGCAGCUGUGUGGUUGUACUAGUUGUUAAGGAUAACUUUGUUUCACUUUGUGUGAAUAGAUGAAGAAUAUUGUUCUCUAUUUGCUUAA